UAUUCGCGUCCCAAUGGCGGACGCCGAACAACAACAUAUUAAGCUCUAAUAAAUAUCGGUUAUCAUCGGCAACACUGGUCAACUUAACAAUUUCUUACCCAUUGAAUAUUCUUCAAUAAGUUGUAAACAAUAAAUACAAAGAUGUAUGGGCAAGAUGAAGAGAUGUUUGAGGCGGAGGAUGAUAAUCUCACUGCCAAAAGAGUAACUUUCAUAAAAACUUCUACUUUUGUUACAGAGAUGUUUGAGGCGGAGGAUGAUAAUGAUGAGAUCACCACUGCACUGUGGCAGGAGGCGUGCUGGAUCGUCAUCAGUGCUUACUUUGAUGAGAAAGGUCUGGUCAGACAGCAGCUUGACUCCUUUGAUGAAUUUAUACAAAUGUCAGUACAGAGGAUCGUGGAAGAUACACCUCAGAUUGAACUGAUCGCUGAAGCUCAACACAAAGCUGGUGUUGUCGAGACACCGCCACAGUACCUGCUGAAGUUUGAGCAGAUUUAUUUAUCAAAGCCGACACAUUGGGAGAAAGAUGGUGCUCCAAGUCCUAUGAUGCCCAAUGAAGCAAGACUUAGAAAUCUCACAUAUUCAGCACCACUGUAUGUAGACAUAACAAAAACAGUUGUAAAGCCAGAUGAAGAUCCUGUUGAGACACAACAUCAAAAAACUUUCAUUGGAAAAAUACCUAUAAUGUUGCGGUCUACAUAUUGCUUGUUGAGCGGUCUGACUGAUCGUGACUUGACAGAGUUGAAUGAGUGUCCUUUGGAUCCUGGAGGGUACUUUAUUAUCAACGGUUCUGAGAAGGUGCUCAUUGCACAAGAGAAAAUGGCCACAAAUACAGUGUAUGUAUUCAGACAGAAAGACUCGAAGUAUGCCUUCAAGACUGAGAUCCGAUCCUGUCUAGAACACUCCUCUAGACCUACCAGUACACUCUGGGUUAACAUGAUGGCCAGAGGUGGUCAGGGUGCCAAAAAGAGUGCAAUAGGACAAAGAAUUAUUUCUAUUCUCCCGUACAUCAAGCAGGAGAUCCCAAUUAUUGUGGUGUUCAGGGCACUGGGGUUCGUGUCAGACAGGGAUAUUCUAGAGCAUAUAAUCUAUGACUUUGAUGACCCAGAGAUGAUGGAAAUGGUCAAGCCAUCUCUGGAUGAAGCAUUUGUAAUCCAAGAGCAGAAUGUUGCCUUGAACUUCAUUGGUGCUCGCGGAGCUCGACCUGGUGUCACCAAGGAAAAGAGAAUCAAAUAUGCUCGUGAAAUCUUGCAGAAAGAAAUGUUGCCUCAUGUAGGUGUCAGUGACUUCUGUGAGACAAAGAAAGCUUAUUUCUUAGGAUACAUGGUGCACAGAUUACUACUGGCAGCCCUUGGACGGAGAGAGGAGGAUGACAGAGAUCACUAUGGUAACAAGAGACUUGAUCUUGCUGGACCACUGCUCGCUUUCUUGUUCAGAGGAUUGUUCAGAAACCUUACAAAGGAGGUUAGGAUGUAUGCACAGAAGUUUAUAGACAGAGGGAAAGAUUUCAACCUGGAGUUGGCUAUCAAGACUAGGAUUAUUACAGAUGGUCUGAAGUAUUCUCUAGCCACAGGGAACUGGGGAGACCAGAAAAAAGCUCAUCAGGCUCGAGCUGGUGUCUCUCAGGUGUUGAACAGACUAACAUUUGCCUCCACAUUAUCACAUUUACGUCGCCUGAAUUCACCUAUUGGACGUGAUGGUAAGCUUGCCAGACCUAGACAGCUACACAACACACACUGGGGCAUGAUAUGUCCUGCUGAAACACCAGAGGGUGGUGCUGUAGGCCUUGUGAAGAAUCUGGCUCUUAUGUCAUACAUCUCUGUCGGAUCUCAGCCUUCACCUAUCCUUGAAUUCUUGGAAGAAUGGAGCAUGGAAAAUCUAGAGGAAGUUGCACCAUCAUCCAUAGCUGAUGCCACAAAGAUCUUUGUAAAUGGAUGUUGGGUUGGUAUACAUAGAGAUUCUGAACAGUUGAUGACAACAUUGAGAAAACUGAGAAGAGAAAUGGAUAUUAUUGUGUCUGAGGUAUCCAUGAUCAGAGAUAUACGAGAUCGGGAAAUACGUAUAUAUACUGACGCAGGCAGAAUCUGUCGCCCAUUGUUGAUUGUGGAAAACCAGAAACUGCUCCUGAAACAGAGUCAUAUUAAACAGCUCAAACAGAGAGAAUAUAACAACUACAGUUUACCUGGUGAUUACAUUGAUCCGAUGUAUUGGCAGGACUUGGUAGCAUGUGGUGUUGUGGAAUAUAUUGAUCCCCUGGAGGAGGAGUGUGUCAUGUUGGCUAUGUCACCUGAUAUCCUCAUGGAGAAGGAAACACAUUAUUGUUCUACAUACACUCACUGUGAGAUCCAUCCAGCAAUGAUCCUUGGAGUGUGUGCUUCAAUUAUCCCCUUCCCUGAUCACAACCAGUCCCCACGUAACACCUACCAGUCUGCUAUGGGUAAACAAGCUAUGGGUGUGUAUAUCACCAACUUCCAUGUACGUAUGGACACAUUGGCACAUGGAUUGCUGUAUCCACAGAAACCUCUAGUCACAACACGCUCCAUGGAAUACCUGCGAUUCAGAGAAUUACCUGCAGGAAUUAACUCAAUUGUGGCCAUUUCAACAUACACUGGUUAUAACCAGGAAGAUUCUGUCAUCUUAAACCAGUCUGCUGUAGACAGGGGAUAUUUCAGGUCAUUUUUCUUCCGUUCUUACAAAGAUGCAGAAUCUAAGAAAGGUUUGGAUCAGGAGGAAAUCUUUGAGAAACCUACACGAGAAACUGUACAAGGUAUGCGACCAGCUAUAUAUGACAAGUUGGAUGAGGACGGUAUUAUUGCCCCUGGUGUGAGAGUGUCAGGAGAUGAUGUACUUAUAGGAAAGACCCUGACACUACCAGCCAAUGAUGAUGAGUUGGAAGGUACAGCUAGAAGGUUUACAAAGAGAGAUGCCAGUGUGUUCAUGAGGAGAAGUGAAACAGGAAUUAUUGAUCAGGUGAUGGUAACAAUAAACCAGGAGGGAUACAAGUUCUGUAAGAUCAGAGUACGUACUGUCAAGACACCACAGAUUGGAGACAAGUUUGCUAGUCGGCAUGGACAGAAAGGAACUUGUGGUAUCACAUACAGACAAGAGGAUAUGCCUUUCACAUGUGAAGGAAUUACACCCGACAUUAUCAUCAAUCCACACGCUAUUCCCAGUAGAAUGACAAUUGGUCACUUGAUCGAGUGCCUGCAAGGUAAAGUUGCAGCAAACAAAGGUGAAAUCGGAGAUGCUACACCAUUCAAUGAUGCUGUAAAUGUACAGAAAAUCUCUGAUCUUCUACAUCAGUAUGGGUACCAGCAGAGAGGAAAUGAGGUUUUGUUCAAUGGUUUCACUGGAAGAAAGUUGAAUGCUCAGGUGUUUCUGGGACCGACUUACUACCAACGUCUCAAGCACAUGGUGGACGAUAAAAUCCACUCUAGAGCAAGAGGUCCUCUCCAGAUUCUGAACAGACAACCUAUGGAGGGUAGAGCUAGGGAUGGAGGUUUACGUUUUGGAGAAAUGGAGAGAGAUUGUCAGAUAGCUCAUGGUGCUGCACAGUUUCUUCGAGAAAGAUUGUUUGAGGCAUCAGAUCCAUACAGAGUUCAUCUGUGUAACCUUUGUGGUCUUGUUGCCAUUGCUAACCUCCGUAAUCAGACAUUUGAGUGUCGUGGAUGUAAGAAUAAAACACAGAUCUCUCAGAUACGUAUCCCAUAUGCGUGCAAGUUGUUGUUCCAAGAACUUAUGUCUAUGAGUAUUGCACCGAGAAUCAUGGUGACCUGAGCUGGUGAAGCAGCGGGCUCACAGGGAAAUUCAUGAUUUAAAACAUAACAUUCACAGUGUAAUGUUAAGUGCUUUACAGUUAAACACUAAAAUUCCAAGGGAACCUAAGCUGGUAGGCCACAGAGUGGAUGAAAGACUUCUAUUAUGUUAAACUUAAAGUUUGAGUCCACAUUGAGAUUUGAACUACAGUUGGAUGGUUACACCUGCAACUAUGUUGCCACAGACCAUUAGUGUAUUAACUACCAAAGUGAUGUGAAACAAAUCAUGUACAUAUGUUUGGAAGUGUGAAGUUACAUAUGAACAAGUUUUUAAAGCAAUUGGUUCCUAGAACCUGUAUUUGCCAUUUUUGAAUUAGACAACACAUGGGUUGAAAAAAUGCUACACAACAUUAUUAAUAUGCUGUGGGUUUUUGUUGUACAUAGUGCACAGUAAAAUAUGUGUGUACAUAGUAUGUAAACAUUCUGCAUGUCUGUUUUCAUAGAUAAGACUUGUAAGAAACAUUAUCAUGAAGACACUCUGGAUUAAGAAAGUACUGAACAGUAACAUGGUAAUUGGAAGGAAUGAAUAUCUGAAAUCUCCAAAAUCCUUAAAGCAACAUAAUUUGUAUUAUGUAUGCCUUCCUUGAAAAAUAUUUUAGCUGCAUAAGUCAAUGAGGAAGCCUACUACUAAGUUAUAUUUGACUCCUUUUAUUUCAAUUAUUUUGAAAUUGUACAAAACUUUAUGAAAAAUAAAAGUUAAAAUCAUGUAA